AAAAUAAGAUUGCCCUAAUCUGCCCUGGUCAUUCGUUCUUCGCCUGGCUCUACUUCUGAUCUUGUCUUUCCUAUUGCACACUUACUACGCACACUCGUUUAAACUGUUCUUCUGGCUCCGGCCGCUUUCUGCUCGGGUUCUUGAGCAAGUUUUUCUAUUGUAAUCUAUUUUUGAACAGGAAACAGCCGCAAAUAUGCUCGCAGACUGGACCUCACUUCUAUUCCUCUCCUCCGCAGUCCUCGCUACUGCCAGAGGACACUCAUACAAUCAUGCCGCUCUCCACGCCAAACGCCAGAAUGCCGACCAACAAGACCAGACGGCUGCGAAAGCACGAUGGGGUCAACUGCAGCAAGAGUACCUCGACAGUUUAAGAGCAAAUCUGGAGCCCGAAGGCACCUGCACGUGGGAUACGAUGACUGUGCGAAGGGAAUGGGGCGACAUGCCAUCGGAAGCGAAGCAAGACUAUUUACGGGCAAUACACUGCUUGAAGGAACUUCCAGGAAAGACGGAUCGCAACGAACAGACUGGAGUUCCCGGCGCGAGGUCGCGUUGGGACGAUUUCACUGUAGCACAUAUGCGCAACGUGAACGAUGUGCAUCGUUCGCCGUGGCUCGCGGUGUGGCAUCGUCACUUCGUCUGGAGACUGGAGAAGGCCUUGCAAGAAGAGUGCGGGUACAAGUAUGGUCACCCUUACUGGCAUUGGUCGAAAUAUCUCGACCAAGAUGUCAACACCUGGCCCAUGUUUGACAACUCUCCAGACUCGAUAUCCGGUAACGGCACACAGACCGGUCCUUUGUGCGCCUGCGUCAACGAAGGCCCUCUGGCCAACUGGACCGUCACUCUUGGCCCAUACCCAGGUAGCUGGGGCUGCUCUGCGAAUCCACGCGACGAUGGGCUGGGUUACAACCCCCGCUGUAUUGAUCGUACCUUCCAACCUUCCAACCUCAGGAGUAAUGAGUACUCCGAUGUUGUCUUUGUGAUCGAUAACUCCACCGACGCCGAUUCUUUCGGAAGGCAUGUCGAGCUGGAACAGCCCUCCGUGCACAAUUAUCCUCACAUCUUCAUGGGUGGCACGCAGAUUGACGUAACGUUCUCCAGCCAGGAUCCUUGGUUCUUCUUCCAUCACUUCAUGCUCGAGUACGUCUUCAACCUCUGGCAAAGCCGGGACUGGGAUACCAGAACAACUUCCCUGCCGAACGCGGAUACGUUCACCGAAAACAGAAGGCGAGAUGGUUGGGCGUUGCCAGUGCCGGCGCCGACGUUAGACAGUACACUGUGGCUCCAGGAAGCGUUCGAGAACAUUACGGUCCGGGAGGCCAUGUGGCCCAUGAAGAACCAGUAUUGUUACAGAUACGAGUAGAAGACUGAGAUUAUGCCAAAGACAGGCCGAAUCAGGACCAACCCCAGAUUAAACGUACCGCACGCAGGGUUGAUCAGAGAAGGGCACUGAUCCGGAGUUGAAAGUUGGGCGAGACUAGUCAAGAUCCAGUGUCCGUCAUCUUGCCAGCAAAUGCAAGGAGUUAUGCAGUCCAGACUUGAUGUACCUUAUGCUGGUCGUUACUCGCCAAGUCGAGAGGGCUCGGCGAUGUAUCCGGUGCCACAGCUGCGUCGCCGGCAACUAGGAUGCGAGCUCAUUGACUCAGGCAUUGCUCAAUCCAGCGCUUCGAGAUCUUCAGGUUCACCCACAUCACCAAUCAGCUCCAAGGCCGCCUCCACAUCUCCCUCAACAUCUUCUGCCUCGUCGGCCAACAUUUGCACGAAUUGAAGCAUGUCUUCUCGAAGCAAAGUCUGAUAGUCGCGAUUCUGGCUUUCUGAGUUCCCCGCACCCGCUCCUAAUAUAGUGUCUUCGUUGUUGCCAGCAGUAUCCGGGGCUAAACUCAGUAUGCGUAUGACCUUCGUCGGUAAGACUCCUCUUCGAUUUUGUGCCAAUUGAAAGAUGGAUCGAUCGCGGUGCCGCAAAGUCGUCUAAUUGCGAGGAUAAGCAGGAAGCCAAGGUGAAGGAUGGUCUCGAUGACUUGUCAUCACCGGAAAUAACACGGUUUUCAUCGUCCAAAGAGACCACAUAGACGCGAUCUUGAAUCUCGAACAUGACUCGGCGAUCACGAACUGAUAGCCAGCCGCCAAGAUCAAAUGUCGAGCCAUCCGAGUCACAUUCGAUCAUGAAGGUAUUCGCAGCGAAAGAUGUUGAACCCUCGAGUGCUUUUCGCCAGUUUGAGCAGAUGAAAACUCUGCCUCCUCGUGAGACACCAGCGAAGAGAUCGCCAUCAAACAUUCCAGCACCCCAUUCAUCUUCUGCUAAUGGAAUGAACUCUCCAUCGACUACGGGCGUAGGUCCCGCAUUGAUCGAAAUCUCGCUCGUGCGGUUUUGGCGUGGAUUUUGUGGAGGGAAGAUACUUGCAACACCGGCAAAACUUCCUUCGCCAAGCUGAAAGUCUGGACCUCCUUCGCUGUGGUGUAUGUGGAAGAAACGGUCUGUGUUGCCUCCUGCAGCGCAGAACGCUGGUUGUAAGACUCCAAGGCACCGCCCAGAGGUCUUGUCGUAAAAAUGGCAGCCUUUUGUUCCCUGGGACCAGGCUACGGUGUCUAGGCAUUGAUGGAGAUGGCCGGUUGCUCCUUCUUCGAUUGUCAUUUGAGUCAUGACUCGCGGUUCGCCG